GCCAGCUAUGCCUGCGCCUAGAGAAAGGUUAACGACGGCAAGAGUAGCAGAAGUUUUACUCAUUAUUGGAUGCUGUUAAUUGAUUGCAGGACCCCCUCCAAAUAACAAAAUGGAAUUAUAUUAUUGAUGUGGACAAUUGUUAUUUUGCAGAGUGGCCCAUCGGCUAAUAAUGAUACUGUCACUCCCAAAGCAGCUUCCACGUUGAUUAAUCCAGAAUCAGGUGGGUCCAAGAAUUCAAUGGUAAAACAAGCCCUUGACAUGUUGAAGGAAUCCCAAGAGCAUGGCUGUGGAGGGAGAGGGUAGAGAAGAGCCCAUACCAUCCAAGUCUGAGCAUAGAACAGAGGCAAGUGGGGAAAGGAACAAGGAGAGGGAAAGGGAGAGAGAAAGGGACAGGGACAGGGACAGGGACAGGGACAGGGAAAGGGAAAGAGCAAAAGCACGGGACCGUGAUAGAGGAAGGGAUUCUGAUAGGGAACGGGAGCGUGAUGAGAUUGACAAGGACCGGGAGAAGAUGAAGGAUAGAAAACAUCGGUCUAAGGAUAGAGGAGGGCAUUCAGAGAAAUCAAGGCGUCACUCAUAUCGAGGUUUGCAUUUAACAUUCUUACGAAGCUCCUCUUAUUCUUCAAGGGAGAAGGAUCGCCAUAGACAUCAUCCUUACUCUUGAACCAGUAGCCAAGGUGUACCUUUUUUCUAACCCAACUUUUAGAGCAUGAUAUACACUUAUAAACGUAUGUUAUGUGCUUCACUCAAGAGAAGAGGUUGUUUGUUUCUUGGGAAUUUUAAUUGUUGAAAGCAAGCUACUGUAAAACCAUUUUUUUAGAGAUAUUUGUUUUCUAAGUUAUCACAUGUUAUCAUAAAUUUUAAUGAAUUUUUUUUAAUUAAAUCUUCAUUUUAAUGAACAAAAGUAAGUGAAUAAAAAUACAUCCAAUUCUUGUCCCA